AUGUUGAUAGACAAUAAAGAUAUCUCAGCAAACUUAAAACACUACUGCAACAGUAUGCACUUACCUCUUCACGCCACUCUCCCAGAUGGGGACCCAGUAGUUAUAGACACCAUGACAGACUCACAGAUCACAGAUAUGUAUGAACUGAUAACCAGCGCUGCCUUGAGCGGCAAUGGGUUUGGGGUUGAUGAAUACCCCACGGAAAAAGAUUUCCGUAACGAGAUCAAAGAUGGCCACAAUUUUAUUGUGUGCAGUAAAGAUUGUGGGAAAAUGAUUGCUGCCUUUUCUUUAAUCAACAGUAAAUUCUAUCGAGGUUCAGACCUGACAUUUGCUGAUCCAAUUAUUAUCGUGAAAAGAUCUGAGAGGGGCAAAGGAAUUGGAGAGUUUAUUUUUAGACAUGUUGUUUUGUUCUCUAAACUUCUGGGAUAUUCAGGAAUUUACACAGAUACUUUUACCAAUAACUUUGCUAUGACAAAGAUCAUAGAGCGUUCUCCAGGUUUCCAACAUGUGGGUCAUCUUCCUAUUGGAGGCAAGCUGUCAGAUGGGUCAUUUGUGUCUGCUAAUAUCUACUUCAAGGAUUUGAGAGAUCAAGGUGAAACAUUCUGGACAUCUGGAGAGUAG